CUAACACAUUACACCUACAGCUAUGCACGCUCUCGGACCAUACCAUUGACGUAGGUGUGCUCCCAUAGCGACCAGUCCGCUGAAACCUCCGGACGUGUGUUGAACAUUGCCGUCAGAGGAUUCGCUACUUCACUCUGUGUGUUGAAUAUAACCCACGAUCGCAGCCUCAACGGGAUGGGACACGAGACAUGGGGCUCUCACGUGGAUUACAUCGUCACAAUUCUCGGGUACUCUGUGGGAGUUGGAGGCAUGUGGAAGUUCCCCUACCUGUGUAUGAGAAAUGGCGGAGGUGCAUUCCUGCUACUGUUCCUGGUGUUCUCUGUUAUCGGCGCUAUCCCCUGUGUGUUUCUGGAGAUGGUGAUUGGUCAGUUUUCUCAGAGUGGACCUGUCAAAGUGUGGAACCUAUGUCCGCCAUUUAGAGGUAUCGGCCUUGGGUACGUCUUGAUCACCAUGUACUUCUCAACCUAUUAUCCUGCUCUGUUUGCCUGGUUCUUCUACUACCUCUACUACUCGUUCAGCGCCAAGAUACCCUGGGCGCACUGUGACAACUUCUGGAACACGCCAUCAUGCAUAUCGCACUUCGACGUCGACGAUGUGGCGGAUGCUAACGUAACUAACGCCUCGCUGACUGAUUCCAAUGCUGCAACGGCUAUGUAUAACAACACUGUUUUGGCUAAUGGGACAGGUAACUGGUCUGGUGCUGUAUCCGGGAUGACAGCUGCAGAGGAGUUCUGGAGAUUCCGGGUUUUAGAGAUAUCAGACGGCUUGGAACAUCUGGGGGAAGUUAGAUGGCCUCUAUUUGGCUGCCUGGUCAUCGCAUAUGUGAUGGCGUUCUUGUUCAUCUUUCAAGGCAUCAAAGUUUCAGGAAAGGUGGUGUACCUCACCGUGGGCAUCCCCUACAUACUCCUCACAGUGUUCCUCAUCCAAGGAUGUCUACUUCCGGGAUCGGCUGACGGGAUUUACUACUUCGUGUAUCCAAAGUUCGAAAAGUUGUUGGAUCCAAAGAUCUGGAUCGAGGCAUGCAACUAUGCCCUCUACUCGCUGGGUAUCGCCUGGGGUUGUCUCAUCACAAUGGCCUCGCACAACAAAUUCAACAACAAUUGCUUCAGGGAUGUUUUAAUUAUUGUGGCUGCCGACGUCGCUACCGCUGUCUUUGUCGGGUUUGCAUUUUUCGCCAUCAUGGGCCAUGUCGCCUACUUGCGUGGAGUGACCGUGGAAGCGUUCCAGUCAUCGGGAUUCAAUCUUGGAUUUAUUGUGUAUCCUGAAGCUGUGGCUUCACUUCCGGUGCCUCAAUUGUGGUCGGCCUUGACCUUCAUCACGCUGCUCCUCCUCGGAAUAGACUCGCUGAUACCAUGCUUUGAGAUCUCAAUAACAGCAUUAACAGAUCAGUUCCCGAGACUAGCCCGGCAACGCUGGUUGCCGUACAUCAUGGUGCUGCUCCCGUCCUUGUUCAUGGGUCUACUAUACAUGUCUCGGGGUGGUAUAUACAUGCUUACCCUCGUCGACUGGUAUGCCUUCUUCCCUUCCAUGGCGGUCUUCGCUAUGCUGGAAUGCUUCGUGGUCACCUGGUGCUAUGGCACAAACAGACUGGAGAAGGACAUCAAGAUGAUGUGGGGGAAGACAGUUCCCAAGGCGAUGAUCAUCAGUCUCAAGUACAUCUGCCCAAUCCUUUUUCUGGUGAUCUUCAGCUACUCCCUCUACUCCUACCGACCACCUAAGUACGGGGACUACGUCUUCCCUGCCUGGGCCACGGGACUCGGGUGGACGAUAUCCUUUUCUUCACUUGUACCCCUGCCGGUCAUCUUCUUCUGGACAGUGUACAGAACAGAGGGGAAGACACUCAAAGAGAAAGUCAUGAAGGCCCUGGAACCAAACAAGCAUUGGGGCCCAUCAACGUUCGAGAAGGAAAAUUGCAAUGGCGAGGCUACAGAAACAAUGAUGUAAUUUGCGUCAACUAAUUUUAGACAUUCUAUAUUGGUAUCUGUAAUAAAUUUAAUGCUACCAAGGAUAAACACGUUUGCAGUUACUUUUGGAAUAUUAUUGGUGUUUCUUAUAUAUUCACUCAUAUAAUACAUAGAGCAAGUUUUACAUCGCUUUAAGCAUCAUUCAAGGGCUGUCGUAAGUCUAUGUACAAGGACAUGUAUGGAACAUCAGAAAUUGGCAGUGUACCUAAGUGAACUACACAACAGUGUGAAUGUGCUGAUUGAUUAUUGUAUAUGAAAAUGUGUAUAUAGUUUGAUUUAAACAAAACUUAUGGUCAAAUUAUUUUCAUACAAGAGACAUGUUAUAUGCUUGUGGAAAUAAAGGAUUUAUAUUGAUAAAUUUGAC